CCAUAGACACAUAGUGACAGCCAGCUGACAGACGUGUUUUCCCCGGACCCCGAUGUUAAAACGAGAUCAGGAUCAGAAUAAAUCCUAGUCGUGAUAUCGGUGAUAUCUUUCAACGAUCGGGAUACUGCCGUGUGUUCUAACGAAAGUCAUGCAAAACGUAAUUAAUACUGUGAAAGGUACAGCCCUUGGAGUCGCGGAAUAUCUAACACCUGUUCUCAAGGAUUCAAAAUUUAAAGAAACUGGAGUUUUGACACCAGAAGAGUUUGUGAAGGCUGGUGAUCAUCUGGUUCAUCAUUGCCCUACAUGGCAAUGGUCAACUGGCGAUGAAUCUAAAAUUAAACCUUAUCUUCCAAAAAACAAACAAUUUUUGCUCACAAGGAAUGUCCCCUGCUAUAAACGAUGCAAACAAUUGGAAUAUACAGAGCAGGAAAAAAUAGUCCAACCAGAGGAUGGAGAAGGUGGUUGGGUCGAUACACAUCCCACCAAUGAUAAUUUAACUGAGGGCUCAGGAACAGCAGAAAUGUCAAAUGAUGAGAAGAGUGAUUCUGAUGAAGCAGAGGACAUGAAAAAUAACUUGGGAAAUGCUAUGAGUGAACUUGUGCUUGGUGAUGAUGACGACGACGGUGAAGCAGCCGUUAUGGAAGAUAGUGAUCUAGAGGAUGAAGAAGACGAAGCAGAAGUCAAACCAAUCUCUGAUCGUGAGCAUGUAGCACUUAAAACGAGUGAAUCGGGUGGGGAGAUCAUCCAAACUAGAACUUAUGAUUUAAAUAUCACCUAUGAUAAAUAUUAUCAAACGCCUCGCUUAUGGGUUUCUGGUCACGAUGAGAACCGCCAUCCUUUAUCAGUGGACCAAAUGUACGAGGAUGUCAGUCAGGAUCACGCUAAAAGGACCGUGACUAUGGAGAGUCACCCUCACAUACCGGGCCCACCAAUGGCUUCCGUUCAUCCGUGCAGGCACGCUGAAGUGAUGAAGUUCUUUAUCCAGACUGUGACAGAGGGUGGAAGAGAAUUGGGUGUUCACAUGUAUUUGAUCAUUUUUUUGAAGUUUGUUCAAGCUGUCAUCCCCACAAUUGAGUAUGACUACACACAAAACUUCACCAUGUAAUGAAAUAUGGAGGAUCUUUAAGCCAAUUAUUUUUUUUAAAUCGUCCUCUUAAAGAGACUUCUCAUAUGUUUACCCAUGAUGGAUAGGAUAUUGUUUUUAGGUCUAAAUACACUUUGUAUUUGCAAUUCCUGAA